AUGGGGAAACACAGGGGCAUGCAGACGAACAUCACGGAUCGGGGGGAUCUGGGCUUCUUCUCGUGCAGCACGGGGAACCCCAUCGACGACUGCUGGCGGUGCGACCCAAGGUGGCACCUUCGCCGGAGGAGGCUGGCGGACUGCGGCGUGGGCUUCGGGCGCAACGCCAUCGGCGGCCGCAACGGGAAGUUCUACGUGGUGACCGAUGCCGGAGACGACGACCCGGUGAACCCACGGCCUGGGACCCUGCGGCACGCGGUGAUCCAGGACGAGCCGCUGUGGAUCGUGUUCAAGGGGGACAUGGUCAUCACCCUGAAACAGGAGCUGAUCAUGAACAGCUUCAAGACCAUCGACGGCCGUGGGGCCAACGUCCACAUCGCCGGCGGCGCCUGCAUCACCAUUCAGUUCGUCACCAACAUAAUCAUCCACGGUCUCCACAUCCACGGCUGCAAGCCCACCGGGAACGCCAUGGUCCGGAGCUCGCCGUCGCACUACGGGUGGAGGACGAUGGCCGACGGCGACGCCAUCUCCAUCUUCGGCUCCAGCCAUGUCUGGGUGGACCACUGCUCUCUGUCUAAUUGCGCCGACGGGCUUGUGGACGCCGUCAUGGGCUCCACCGCCAUCACCAUCUCCAAUAACUACUUCACCAACCACAACGAGGUGGGUCUCUCUCUCGAUCUCUCUCUCUCUUUCUGCAAGUCUUCCCCGAUCCAGCUGAGUGAGGCGCCCCUUCCAAGUCUGAUCCAAUCGGGUGGUUCCAGGUGAUGCUGCUGGGUCACAGCGACUCGUACACACGGGACAAGGGGAUGCAGGUCACCAUCGCCUUCAACCAUUUCGGGGAAGGCCUGAUCCAGAGAAUGCCCAGGUACUUACUGACUGUAAUAGACGAGGAUCUGAGUUCCCACCCCCCCAAAAAACGAUUGCGAGAGUUUUCGAUCCAACAGAAGGAUGGACCUCUCUUUUGUACCAGGUGCAGGCACGGCUCCUUCCAUGUGGUGAACAACGACUACACCCACUGGAUAAUGUACGCCAUUGGAGGGAGCUCCGACCCCACCAUCAACAGCCAAGGCAACAGAUACGUCGCCCCGAAGAACCCCUUCGCCAAGGAGGUAAACCAUUCACUUCCUCUUCCUCGUCCCCCCCCCGAACUCCGGCGGUAUGACCGUCGAUGAAAUGCUCGCAGGUGACCAAGAGAGUCGAGACAGCCUCCGGCGUGUGGAAGAACUGGAACUGGAGGUCGGAGGGGGACCUCCUCCUGAACGGCGCCUUCUUCAUCCCCUCAGGUGCCGGCGCCGCCGCGAGCUACGCCAGGGCUUCCAGCCUCGGCGCUAAGUCGUCCUCCAUGAUCGGAUCCAUCACCUCCACAGCCGGCGCCCUUCUCUGCCGCGUCGGCUCCAAGUGCUAG